GGAGCAGUGGCCUUUCUUCCUCGGCUUCCUCACUCUCGUUCUUCUGCAAUACGACUUCCGCGGACUUCAAAAGGCUGAAUUUUGUCGAAUUGGAGUGGCUUUUGAGUUCCGGAUUCCUCUUUCUUCCUGCUCCCGAUGCUAGUUUAGCGCGGCGUUGGAGGUUCUGUUUUUUGGUGUCCUAGAUCCGUGAGAGAAUCGGGGAAAGCUUGGUAGUGUGAGAAUCUAUGGGGAAGUCUACUUCGUGCUUUAAGAUUAUCGCCUGCGGUGGCGAUUCUAGGGAGAAAGAUGAUAAUCAUAUUUCUGAGAGUAAGCGUUUGAAUGACAAGCAAGGGUGGAGUUUUCGAAAGAGAUCAAGCCGGCAACGAGUGUUAAGUAACACUGUGAUAGCUGAGAUCUCUUCUCCUGGAAAUAGAGAGAGCUUCAAUAACUUCCAGCAACCAACCAAUGGUUGUACAUUAGAAAAAGAUGCUGGUUUGCAGUGCGCAACCGAGAAACCUCAAUUACCGAGUACUGAAAAUCUUAAGGAAUCUGAAGCUGUUGAUGUCAUUCAAAAGGAGAGUAAAGUUGAAAUUGAGCUGGAGGAACGCAGCGCUAUUAUCAUCCAGAGUGUUAUUAGAGGGCUGUUGGCCCGAAGAAAGCUUCUGAUGCUGAAGAAUGUGGUUAAGUUGCAAGCUGCUAUCCGUGGGCACUUGGUUAGGAAACAUGCCAUUGAAACUCUUCGUUGUAUUCAGGCUAUUAUCAAAAUGCAAGCUCUUGUGCGUGCCCGUUGUGCCCGUUUGUCAGUUGAACGAUCGCAUACAAAGGAUAGCCAUAGUUAUAAGACCUUGGAGAAGGAAAAGUUGAGGAAAUCAAGUGGGACUUACGUUUCAAUUGAGAAACUACUUAGCAAUAGCUUCGCUCGGCAGCUGCUUGAGUCUACACCGACCACGAGACCUAUCAACGUUAGUUACUAUUGUUCUAAAUCUGAGACUACUUGGAAAUGGUUGGAGAGAUGGACAUCUAUCUCAUCAGUCGAUGUUCUGGAGUUAAAGGAAGCAGAGUUCAUGACAGGAGAACAAGGAAAAGAGAAGGAAGAAAACGUUCAUGCGUCUGAAGCCAGUGCUGAGAUUGACUCUAAUGUUCUUUGCAAGUCAGCUGAUUCAAGAUCCAGCAAUGAGGAAUCAGUAGUGCAUUCUGAAAGUGAAGAUAACUUGAUUACUUAUGAUAUGGACAAUACAGAGUUUCAGCCAUGUCAGGUUACCUCUUCCAUGUUGGAGAAGACAUGGUUUGAGGACGCAGGUGUCUCAAAUGUGAAAGAAACCUUGAUGGAGGCAAAUUCUCUCCCAGAUCAGAGGAUGCGAUUGGUGGCAGAUUCUCAGUUACAGUAUAACCCUCAUAAAGAGGAUCUUGGAACCGAAUUCCAGCAAAACAAAACAUCGACUGGGACGUUUUCCUCAGAUCAACUAGAGCUGAAGGAGAAAAAGACUAUCUUUGGUUCAAGAAGGGCAAGUAAUCCAGCAUUCAUUGCUGCCCAAUCCAAAUUUCAGGAGUUGAGUUCUAUGGAAACUUCAGGUAGAUCAAUCAGUUCAUCAUAUCAAGAAGAGGCCGAGUCUUGCAUUGUUGCUAUCUCAUCUGCAUCAGCUACUGCUCUAAAGACAGAUGAGGUGUCCACUACAGAGGACUUCAUCACAAAUGGACCCAGGACUAUUCGAGCUGGUGGCUCCGAAUGUGGAACCGAGCUUUCUAUUACCUCUACUCUUGAUUCACCUGAUUUAUCUGAAGCUUGCGCCUUUGAAUAUGAGCGUGAAACCAAUGUAACAGAGAUAUGUGUCCAUGAUCAGAGCAGCAAUAAGAGCACAGAAAUUGACGUGGGUAGUGCUCCCUCCAGUCAAGUGUCAAACUUAUUUCAACCUGUUUUGGGGUCUCCAGAAAAGCCUGGUGUUGUCGAAUCCAUCGAUAAAAUAACUGUGGACUCUGCUAAAAAUGAAGUUAAGCCAGACGUAAAUGCAUCAGUUCUGCAGGGAGAACAGGAUAUUGAAACAGGCAAUUGUAGGCUAUCCCCAUCAGCCUCUCCAAGAAGCCAUAUUACUAUUCUGGAAUCCCAAGGAACACCUUCUAGUCAGGUCUCUACAAAAUCUAAUAAGAGAAAAACAGAUAUGAGCAGAAGCAAUCCGAAGCGCAAGUCCCUCACUGCUGGUAAGAAAUCACCCUCGAAACUUCAUCGCAACGUUGACUCGCCCAAUAACUCGGAACCUUUUCCUAAAGAUAAGAUUGAAAAGAGGCGCAAUUCCUUUAGUUCAGCAAGACCUGAUCAUGUUGAAGAAGAGUCAAGAGAAAGCAGUUCCAAUCAAUCUCUCCCUCAUUUCAUGCGAGCUACGGAAUCUGCUAGAGCCAAGGUGCAGUUAAAUAAUUCUCCAAGAUCCAGUCCAGAUGUUCAAGAUGAAGAAAUCUACAUCAAGAAGAGGCAUUCCUUUCCAGUUGCCAAUGGAAGGCAGGGGUCACCACGAAUCCAAAGAACAACGUCUCAAGCACAAAAGAGCGGAAAGGGAAAUGAGAGGAAGUGGCAAAGAUAGAUCAUCGGGGCUGCUUUGUGGUCAACAUUUUUUGAAGUAGUCACAACCUCAGCAACCGACAACAUGAUGACUGCAUUAAAUCUGAAUGGUGGAAUUUGGUUCUUGUUAGCGACCAACAUUGUUUUGUUCCUUAACUCCGAAGCUGCGCUGCCCCAAGUAAUGUCACCAUGGUAUUAUUCUCAUAUAGAGUUGGUGAGCAUUUGGGGUAUGCGUGGACUUAGGUAAGCUGAAAAAGGGUCUACAAACACCAACAUUUUACAGAAUAUAUGAUUCAUGUUCCUUAAGUUACUGCAAUUUGUAAUGUUUGUUGUAGAAGUUUGUGUACAUUGUGACUGAUGAUCCAUCGAUGUUCAUCACUAUUGUUAUAUUCUUAUAUAGAAGCUGUUAUUAUCCUUA